AUGGCUUCCGCCUCGACGAACCCCUCGGCACCUGUCGCCGCCACGGUACCCUCUGAUGGCACCAAGGACUACAAGCCGCUACGAUCUUCCAAAUAUGAUCUGAAGAAACCACACAUCACCGAGUUCCCUAUCACCUGGGGUAACUGGUAUAAGCAUGUUAACUGGCUUAACACGACCUUCAUUAUCUUCAUUCCGUUGCUAGGCUUAGUUAGCACGUACUGGACGCCUCUGCAGUACAAGACGGCUCUUUUCUCCAUCUUCUACUAUUUCAAUGCUGGUCUCGGUAUUACAGCUGGAUACCAUCGACUCUGGGCUCACAGCUCAUACAAGGCUUCGCUCCCUAUCAAGAUCUACCUGGCUGCUAUGGGCGCUGCCGCUGUUGAAGGCUCUAUCCGAUGGUGGUCAAGGGACCACCGUGCUCACCACCGUUAUACCGACACGGAGAAGGAUCCCUACUCCGUCCGAAAGGGUCUCUUGUAUUCUCACAUUGGCUGGAUGGUCAUGAAGCAGAACCCUAAGCGAAUUGGCCGAACCGAUAUCUCCGAUUUGAACGAUGACCCCGUCGUUGUCUGGCAACACACUCACUACAUCAAGUCCGUGCUUACCAUGGCCCUCAUCUUCCCCACCGUUGUUUGUGGUCUAGGCUGGGGUGACUGGAUGGGUGGAUUUGUCUACGCUGGUAUUCUCCGCAUCUGCUUCGUCCAGCAGGCUACCUUCUGUGUCAACUCUCUUGCCCACUGGCUCGGCGACCAGCCCUUUGACGACCGCAACUCUCCCCGAGAUCACGUCAUCACUGCUCUCGUCACUCUUGGUGAGGGAUACCACAACUUCCACCACGAGUUCCCUUCGGACUACCGCAACGCUAUUGAGUGGUGGCAGUAUGACCCUACCAAGUGGACUAUCUGGACAUGGAAGAAGCUCGGCCUCGCCUCUGACCUCAAGCAAUUCCGACAGAACGAGAUUGAGAAGGGCCGUCUCCAGCAGAUCCAGAAGAAGCUCGACCAGAAGCGAUCUAAGCUUGAUUGGGGUGUACCUCUUGAGCAGCUCCCCGUUAUUGACUGGGAUGAUUACGUUGCUGAGUCCAAGAAUGGCAAGGGCCUCGUUGCUAUUGCCGGUGUUAUCCACGACGUGACCGACUUCAUCAAGGACCACCCUGGUGGCAAGGCUCUCAUCUCUUCGGCCAUUGGCAAGGAUGCUACUGCAAUCUUCAACGGUGGUGUCUACGAGCACUCGAAUGCCGCCCACAACCUGUUGUCUACUAUGCGCGUUGGUGUCCUUCGUGGUGGCUGUGAGGUUGAGAUCUGGAAGCGAGCACAUAUGGAGAACAACAAAGAUGCUGCCUUCGUCACCGACUCAUCCGGUCAACGAAUUGUCCGUGCCGGCGACCAGGUUACGAGAAUCGCACAGCCCCUCGCCAGUGCCAACGCGGCAUAA